CUACAAAAACAAAGGCAGCCCUGCUUCCCCUUUCACCAUUCAUAUUUAAUAUUCUCCAUCCAUUUCUCCCCAUCUAAACCCAAAAACUCUUGCUUCUAACAAUGGAAACUGCUACAGCUAAUGAUAAUGGGGAUCCCAGUGAUGUUCAAGUUCAACAUGUAACUAAGAAGUCAUCCGAUGAGUUGCUGAGGAAGUUCGCGGAACUCGAAGAAGACGGCGACGGUGAUAAGGGGGCGGCGUUGAGAAGAGAGUUAAGGCUAAUGGCGGCGAAACGAAGGAAGAGGAGUGGAUCGGCCAGGUCCAGAAGGGAAUCGUCGGACAGUCCUUCCAACAAUGGGUUAGUUGAGCGGAAAUGGCUACUUCCUCCGGCGGCGGCGACACGGCGCUCCACCUUGCUUAAACAGCUGAGGUCGCAGUUAAGAGGCAGGGAGAUUGGGAACAGGUCCAUCUUUGGCACCAUUGAGAAGACAUGGCGUAAAACUAUAGAAGGAGCAUCCAGAGUUUUCAUGGACAAACAUUAUAACAGGCAUAGGCGAUUGAUUAAUGAUGUUGUCUAGGCCUCUGCAAUGCAAUUUGUAUAUUGCCAAUCAUCAA